AUGGCUGUAAUGUACUUACAAGGCCUUAUCCUUGUUAUUCUGGUUGGUAAACUAUUAAGAAGAAUAUUCUUUGGACAACUUCGACCAGCAGAAUUUGAGCAUUUAAUAGAACGAUCUUGGUAUGCUAUAACAGAGACUUGUCUAGCCUUUACAGUCUUUAGGGAUGAUUUUAACCCUAAAUUUAUUGCCUUAUUUACUCUUUUGCUAUUUUUAAAAGCAUUCCAUUGGCUUGCUGAGGAUAGAGUUGACUAUAUGGAGAGAAGUCCAGUCAUUGGUUGGUUGUUCCAUGUGCGAAUACUUACUCUGCUAACAUUACUGACACAGGCAGACCUGAUUUUUAUCCAUCAUGCUUACCAAUUUACUACAUCCAAAGGUCCAUCAGUGCAAUUGGUGUUUGGAUUUGAAUACAGUAUCUUGAUCAUUAUGAUUGUUAAUAUUUUGAUUAAGUAUCUCUUGCAUGCCAUUGAUGCCCGAUGGGAGGCUCCAUGGGAAAGCAAAGCAGCUGUUUUGCUGUACACAGAGUUGGCAAUAAAUUUUUUUAAAGUACUACUUUAUAUCGGAUUUGUUGCUGUUAUGGUCAGGAUAUAUACAUUGCCUCUCUUUGCAUUUAGACCAAUGUAUGAAACCAUGAGAAGUUUCAAGAAAGCCUACAAUGACGUAGUGCUUUCUCGACGUGCAAUAAGAAACAUGAACACUCUGUAUCCCGACGCCACGCCGGCUGAGCUAGCAGCCGCUGAUAACGAGUGCAUCAUUUGUCGAGAGGAAAUGCACAGCGGUGCCAAGAAGUUGCCGUGCAACCACAUAUUCCACGCAGCAUGCCUCCGGCUGUGGUUCCAGCGCCAGCAAACAUGCCCGACGUGCCGACUCAACGUACUACGAGCGCCAGCACCAGACACCCCGCACGGUCCCGCCGAUGCCCCUCACGUCAAUGCACCACCCGGCAAUGUGCCCGCUGGCAAUGUGCCAGUCGGCAAUAUUCCGCACGGCAAUGUGCCGGCUGGCAAUGCAGCAGCUCCCCCGCCUGCAGCAAAUAUUGUACCCCCGCCGUUCCCCAACAUGCCGCCACCUAUGAUGGCGUGGGGUAUGCCGCCCCCACCACCGCGGCCCGCAUCUCUUGCCAACCUCACCGCCGCUGAGCUGCAGCGCUUAGAAGGCAACGAGCGUAGAAAUGUUGAGGCGCGACUGCAGUUGCUCCGCGAAAUCCAGGCAAUGUUGGAUGCAUCAGUGCUUCUAAUGCAACAGUAUUCUAUGGUUGUAUCCAACCUACCGCAGAACUCCACAACUGUUGCUACCCAAACCGAAACAUUUCAAACGGAACCCUCUUCAGAAGCGACUCCCAUGAAAGUUAAAGCUGAUCCCGAUGUGGUGCCUACCACUUCUACAUACAAAGGCACUGGAACUCCAUCAACAAGCUCUGCGCCAGAUCCAGGAAAUGUUGAAGAUGUCACUUCUACUGAUUCUAGUAAUAGUGUGAAAAGAGAGAAGACUGACGCGGACGCCGAGGAACUACGAAGACGCCGAUUGCAGAAGUUUACAAUGGAAAAA